AGCUACCCCGCAGAAACCCUGUUAUUUCUCGACAAUGCCUUUGGUCGCGCAAAAUCCCCUGCCAAGGGCCCUUCUUGGUCUUAUGACAUUCGGCCCCGAUGAGUCUAAGGGCGCUCGGAUCACGUCUCUCGAAGAAUUCAACAAGUGUCUGGACUAUUUCCAACAGCAGGGAUUCAAUGAAAUCGACACUGCCAGGAUUUACGUCGGCGGGGCGCAGGAGGCCUUUACAGCUCAGGCGAAAUGGAAAGAACGUGGGUUAACUCUGGCAACGAAGUGGUAUCCUCACAACCCGGGCGAACACAAACCCAGUGUUCUCCGUGAGAAGCUCGAGCUUUCUCUGAAAGAGCUGGGAACAAACCAGGUCGACAUAUUCUAUCUUCAUGCUCCUGAUCGGUCAGUUCCUUUUGCUGAGACUCUCGAGGAGGUCAACAAGCUCCAUAAAGAGGGAAAAUUUGUCCAACUGGGUCUGAGUAAUUACACGGCAUUUGAGGUCGCAGAAAUUGUUACCCUCUGUGCUGAGAGAGGCUGGGUGCGACCGACAAUAUAUCAAGCUAUGUAUAACGCCAUCACACGUUCGAUUGAGACCGAGCUAGUCCCCGCCUGCAAACGUUAUGGCAUUGAUAUCGUAGUCUAUAACCCCCUUGCUGGUGGUAUCCUAUCUGGUAAGUAUAAGACAAAAGAUAUCCCUGAUGAGGGAAGAUACAGCGACAAAUCCACCACUGGCGUACCGUACCGCAAACGCUAUUUUAGGGAUGCAACAUUUGAUGCACUGCGAGUCAUCGAGCCUGUUGUCGAGAAGCAUGGCCUGACACUCCCAGAGACUGCGAUUCGCUGGAUUCACCAUCACUCGGCUCUGAACAUGAAAGACAAUGGUCGCGACGGAAUUAUCGUCGGUGUGAGCAGCUUCGCGCAGCUGGAAAGUAACCUCAAAGACGUCCAAAAAGGCAUUCUACCUGAGGAGGUUGUUGAAGCGCUGGAUAAGGCGUGGUUAAUCGCUAAGCCAACUGCUCCGGACUAUUGGCACCUCGAUCUGAAAUACACCUAUAACACCCAGCAGGCCCUGUUUGGCCCAAAGUCCACAGCAUAGUGUACCUUGCUCAUAGCUCUCUCUCUCUCUCACACACGCGCUUGAUUGGUGUUACAGUGACGUGCCUUAGUCGUUUACUUUUGGCGUGCAGUGUAGAAUACUAGUUCUAGAAUGCAAAGGAACUGAAAUCGGCCCAAUAAAUAACGUCGCAAAGUCUUUCCAGCCUCCACGCCAACUUUCACGCCAGGUCUUCAGCUCCACAGUAUGAUUCUAGGUCGUAGUAUGGGUAAAGGGCUGGAC